GAAAUGGCUGCCGCCGUCGCUAAGCCUUGAGGGAUCAAGUCAGGAAGGAGGAAGAGGCCGCUAUGGGUCGGGAGUCCAGAUCAACAAAGCAACAGGUGUCCAAACAAAAACAGCAUUAUCGGAAGCGCUCCUCAUCACGAGGGCGUUCUGGUAGCCGUUCUAAGAGUCGCUCUCCAUCUGACAAGAGAGCAAAACGUGGAGAUGAUAGACGUUCUAGAAGCAGGGACAGAGAACGUAGGCGUGAAAGAUCACGGAGCAGGGACAAGAGGAGAUCUCGGUCACGUGAUCGAAAGCGUGUGAGUAUUACCCAAAAUCUGCUUGUGCGUAGGCGUUCACGAAGCAGAGAGCGGGAACGGAGCAGAGAGAGGAGACGAUCACGGAGUCGAGAGAGAAGAAGAUCCAGAAGCCGAAGUAGAGGGCGGCGGUCCCGAUCUUCUAGCCCUGGCAAGAACAAGAAAUUAGAAAACAGAUCACGAUCUAAAGAAAAGGUAGAAGGUGUGGAAGUUAACAAAGAAAAGAAAAAAGAGAAAGAGGACAAAGAAGAAGAAAAGGGUCAAGAUGUAAAUAAUUUUGAUCAGAACAAACUAGAAGAGGAAAUGAGGAAGCGAAAAGAAAGAGUAGAGAAAUGGAGAGAAGAACAGCGCAAAAAAGCUAUGGAAAAUAUAGGAGAACUAAAGAAAGAAAUUGAAGAAAUGAAGCAGGGGAAAAAAUGGAGCUUAGAAGAUGAUGAUGAUGAUGAUGAAGAAACUGCAGAAGGGGAAAAGGAAGGUAAUGAGAUUGAAGAUGAAGAACUUGAUCCAUUAGAUGCAUAUAUGGAAGAAGUGAAAGAAGAGGUUAAGAAGUUCAAUAUGAGAAGUGUAAAAGGUGGAGGUGGAGGUGGAAGUGAAAAGAAAUCUGGGCCAACAGUUACUAAAGUAGUAACAGUGGUGAAAACCAAAAAAGCAUCUCCAGAAACAGAAAAGAAGAAAGGAGAACUUAUGGUGAAUGACCAAGAUGCAAUGGAGUAUUCCUCUGAAGAGGAGGAAGUAGAUCUCCAGACUGCACUGACAGGGUACCAGACCAAACAUAGGAAAUUGCUGGAACCAGUGGAUCAUGGGAAGAUUGAAUAUGAGCCCUACAGGAAAAACUUCUAUGUUGAAGUCCCAGAGCUAGCUAAGAUGACUCAGGAAGAGGUGAAUGCAUAUAGGCUGGAAAUGGAAGGAAUUAUAGUCAAGGGUAAAGGAUGUCCUAAACCAAUUAAAACCUGGGUACAGUGUGGUAUUUCUAUGAAAAUCCUGAGUUCCAUGAAAAAGCAUGGCUAUGAGAAGCCCACCCCUAUCCAAGCCCAAGCUAUACCUGCAAUUAUGGGUGGACGUGAUUUAAUUGGCAUUGCUAAAACAGGAAGUGGAAAGACCAUUGCUUUUCUGUUGCCCAUGUUCAGGCACAUCAUGGACCAGAGACAACUAGAAGAAGGAGAGGGUCCAAUAGCUGUUAUUAUGACUCCUACUCGAGAGCUGGCUUUACAGAUUACAAAGGAGUGUAAGAAGUUCUCAAAGACACUUGGGGUUAGAGUUGUGUGUGUAUAUGGAGGAACAGGAAUAAGUGAACAGAUUGCUGAACUGAAAAGGGGUGCUGAAAUAAUCGUUUGCACACCUGGUCGCAUGAUUGACAUGUUAGCAGCUAACAAUGGUCGAGUGACAAAUCUUCGGAGAGUGACAUAUGUUGUCCUUGAUGAAGCUGACAGAAUGUUUGACAUGGGCUUUGAGCCUCAGGUUAUGCGCAUUGUAGACAAUGUGAGACCUGAUCGCCAGACUGUUAUGUUCUCUGCUACCUUCCCUAGAGCCAUGGAGGCUUUAGCUCGUCGAAUAUUAAGCAAGCCAAUAGAAGUCCAAGUUGGUGGUAGGAGUGUCGUCUGCUCUGAUGUGGAACAAAAAGUGAUUGUCAUAGAGGAGGAGAACAAGUUUUUGAAGUUACUUGAAUUAUUGGGACAUUAUCAGGAACAAGGAGCUGUCAUUAUAUUUGUAGAUAAACAAGAACAUGCUGAUGGAUUGCUGAAAGACUUAAUGAGAGCCUCUUACCCCUGCCUGUCUCUUCAUGGAGGUAUUGACCAGUAUGAUAGAGAUAGCAUAAUCAAUGAUUUUAAGAGUGGAGUGUGCAAACUUCUUGUAGCCACAUCCGUGGCAGCCCGAGGUCUUGAUGUAAAACAUCUUAUGCUUGUAGUCAACUACAGCUGUCCCAAUCAUUAUGAGGAUUAUGUGCACAGAGCAGGCAGAACUGGACGAGCAGGCAACAAAGGUUAUGCAUAUACCUUCAUUACUGAAGAUCAAGCACGGUAUGCUGGUGAUAUAAUUAAAGCUUUGGAGUUGUCAAGUAAUCCAGUUCCUCCUGAGCUGGAGAAGCUUUGGACUGACUUCAAAGAUCAGCAGAAGGCUGAGGGGAAAACAAUUAAGAAGAGCAGCGGGUUUUCUGGGAAAGGAUUCAAGUUUGAUGAAACUGAGGAGGCUUUGGCUAAUGAGCGGAAGAAAUUACAAAAAGCUGCACUUGGCUUGCAAGAUUCAGAUGAUGAGGAUACGGCAGUUUCAAUUGACGAGCAGAUUGAAAGUAUGUUCAAUUCAAAGAAAAGAGUGAAGGACAUGGCAUCGUCUGGCGGGACAUCUAAUGUUCCUGCCCCAACAGCAGGAAAUGCAGAAAAGUUAGAAAUUGCUAAGAGAUUGGCAUUGAGAAUCAAUGCACAGAAAAAUCUUGGAGCCGAGGCACAAGUAUUGGUCUCUUUUCAAUUUAAGGAUGUGAUGCAGCAAGCUACCAAUGCUAUCCUUAGGGGUGGCACCAUUCAGGCUCCAACUGUAUCUGCAAAGACCAUUGCAGAACAACUGGCUGAGAAGAUCAAUGCCAAGCUGAAUUACGUACCCAUAGAGAAACAAGAGGAGGAAAAACAGGAAGGCGGACAAAAUGAAUCUUUUAAAAGAUAUGAGGAAGAACUGGAGAUCAAUGAUUUCCCACAGACUGCCAGGUGGAAAGUAACAUCAAAGGAAGCUCUGCACAGAAUAAGUGAAUAUUCUGAAGCUGCCAUUACAAUCAGAGGAACAUACUUUCCUCCAGGCAAAGAACCCAAGGAGGGAGAACGAAAAAUUUACUUGGCCAUUGAGAGUGCCAAUGAAUUGGCUGUGCAGAAAGCAAAGGCAGAAAUCACCAGGCUUAUAAAAGAAGAGCUUAUCAGACUGCAAAAUUCAUACCAACCAACCAACAAAGGAAGAUACAAAGUUUUAUAAAUAUUUGGAGUAAAUCUGUCUGCCAGUUUUCAUUUGUGAAACUUGUCAUUUCUGUUUAUCUUUGCUAUUUACACUGCUUAUUGUAAAUUACAUU